CGAAACGAUAAGCGUCAAGCAAUAACUGAAAAUCGAACUGAUUGCUGCAAGCCGCCGGUCUUAAGUCCCGUUUGCUACGUUCUGAUGCAUUGAACUACAAAGUCCUUUGGCUCCGAUCAUCCGUCGUGUUCACAGGACACUGUUCGUGCGCUUAUGCAAUCAUCGUAACCGUUUACGUUUUCACUGGAUACUGUGAAAAUGGGUAAGAAGAACGUUUGCGUGGUGGUCUUGGGCGACAUUGGCCGAAGCCCAAGGAUGCAGUAUCAUGCGCAGUCUUUGAUCCGCCUAGGUUUCGACGUUGACAUCGUCGGGUACACGGACAGCCCCGUGUUGGACGACCUGAAGGAGAAUGCCACGAUUAUAAGUGUCCGGAAACCGUUUCCGUUUGACGAAUAUGUUCCACGGAUCAUAGCAUUCCUGUUUAAAGUCGUAUGGCAAACACUGACACUAUUUUGGGCCAUAUUGGUGAAACGUAAGUCUGAUAUCGUUCUAGUUCAAAAUCCGCCUGCGAUUCCAACACUCGCUGUUUGCUGGUUUUACUGUCUGCUCGUCAAUGCAAAAUUUAUAAUCGACUGGCAUAAUUACGCAUACUCAAUACUUGCUCUGACAUUGGGUUCCAAUGCACCUCUGGUAAAACUUUCCUUAUUGUAUGAACACUUUUUUGGCAGACUAGCUGAUUUUAAUCUUUGCGUAACCAAAGCGAUGAAAGAAGACUUACAUGAAAAAUGGAAUAUUGAAGCUACGACUCUGUAUGAUCGUCCGGGACCACAGUUUAAAACAAUAACCUUAGCUGAAAAACAUUAUUUACUUGAAAAAAUGAAUUUAAAAGAUUUCACUGAGCUAUCAGAAUCUGGAGAGGUGCGAUUAAAAUCCGACCGGCCUAGUCUACUUGUGUCCAGUACUAGCUGGACCCCAGACGAAGAUUUUUCAAUUCUAUUGAAAGCUCUACAAAAAUACGAUGAAAGUGAUGAUAUCUAUCCAAAACUCAUUUGUGUUAUAACGGGUAGAGGCCCAUUAAAGUGUCACUAUCAACAUAUGAUUUCAAAAUUAAAGUGGAAUAAAGUUUUAAUCAUUACACCUUGGCUAGAGAAUAAUGAUUAUCCACUUCUUUUAGCGUGUGCCGAUCUUGGUGUAUGCUUACAUGCAUCCUCAAGUGGUUUAGACUUGCCCAUGAAAGUAAUUGAUAUGUAUGGUGUUGGCUUACCUGUUUGUGCAUAUGAUUUUAAAUGCUUAAAUGAACUGGUUCGACAUAACGAAAAUGGUCUUGUAUUCUCUAAUGAAAAUCAGCUUGCAAUGCAUAUUAUGACGUGGUUUAAAAACUUCCCUUUGCAAAUCUGUGAGAAACAAAGUAGAUUUUGCAAAGAAAUUGAUAAUUUUCGAUCAGUUGAUUGGCAUACUAACUGGAUGAAUAAUGCGUAUCCAAUUUUUUCUAAUGACAAUGAAUAGCUCCAUUAGUAUGGCUAUUUAUAUUUAAAAACUUAAAUACAUUUGAAUUCCUUAUAAUGCAAUAUUGUAAAGAUAUUUAUUUUCAAUCAUGCAUGUAUAUAAUGAAUUUGUUUAAAAAAAUUAAAUUCCUUCCUAAGCAGCAUUUCUAAAAUCUGUCCAAUUUUAAAAAUAAGAAUUAAUUUUAUAGAUAAAAUGUUUACUUCAUAAUAUCUUUAAUUUGUUUACCAAAAAUAAUUAAAUAUUUAAUAGAAAAUA